GAAGGACUAUUUUGCACAUGGAAAUCCAAAAUAAACCAACAAAUAACUAAAUAAAUGCUUAUGCAUUUAUAGUUUAUAUUUUGUCCUAAUUAUAAUCUAAGCAAAUGGCUUCAUUGUAUUUGUGUCUGAAUUCUUUAUCUCUGCCACCUUCUUCUUCCUCUUCAGAGCUUCCCCGGAAACUAACAGAAACAUGUGCUUCUUUUCCUGCUUUAAGCAGCAAUCAAAGUAGCACUAGAGGACCAUUAAAACCCAUAGUUAUUAGUGGAGACCCUCCUACUUUUGUCUCUGCUCCUGGUCGCCGAAUUGUUGCUGUUGGAGAUCUUCAUGGAGAUCUUGACCAAGCUAGACAGGCACUUGAGAUAGCUGGUGUUUUGAGUUCUGAUGGAGAAGACUUGUGGAUUGGUGGAGAAACAGUUUUGGUUCAGCUUGGAGACAUACUUGAUCGAGGUGUAGAUGAAAUAGCCAUACUGUCAUUGCUGCAUUCAUUGGAUAUUCAGGCAAAAGCUCAGGGUGGAGCUGUUUUUCAGGUCAAUGGGAAUCAUGAGACUAUGAAUGUAGAAGGAGAUUUUAGAUAUGUUGAUUCAGGGGCAUUUGGUGAAUGUACUGAUUUUCUGGCAUACUUGGAUGACCACAAAUAUGACUGGGAAAAUGCUUUUGUUGGUUGGAUUAGUGUGGCUAAAAGCCGGAAGGAUGAUCAGAAACUGUCCCAAACUUAUUGGGGUCCCUGGAAUCUAGUGAAGAGGCAAAAGGGAGUCAUUGCCAGAUCAAUAUUGUUGAGACCAGGAGGCUUAUUGGCAUGUGAAUUGGCGCGGCAUCCUGUUGUACUCAGAGUCAAUGACUGGAUAUUCUGUCAUGGCGGACUUCUUCCUCACCAUGUUGCAUAUGGCAUAGAGAGGAUCAAUAGGGAAGUAUCUCACUGGAUGAAAGGUCAGAGUGAGAGUGAUGCUAGUCCAAACAUUCCUUUCAUUGCAACCAGAGGCUAUGACAGUGUUGUUUGGAACAGAUUAUACUCUAGAGAUAUGUCAGACUUGGAAGAUUAUAACAGCAAACAGAUACUUUCUAUUCUAGACGAGACGUUGCAAGCAGUUGGAGCUAAAGCAAUGGUUGUGGGGCAUACUCCUCAAACAUCUGGGGUAAAUUGUGAAUAUAACUGUAGCGUUUGGCGCAUUGAUGUUGGAAUGUCUAGUGGAGUACUUCAUUCAAGACCAGAGGUUCUUGAAAUACAAGGUGAUAAAGCAAGAGUAAUAAGGAGCAGAAGGGAUACAUUUCAUGAACUUCAGGUUGCUGACUAUACAUAAAGAAAAGUUUAGAAAUGAACUAACCAGGAAGAAAAGAAAAUCCUCGUUCCUUGGAUUUUGUCAUGCGGCAUACUCUCGAAUUCUUUAUUUUGGUCAAGAGGAGACAACCCUUCAUUAUUUGUUGCUGGAUAUAGCGAAGUACAUAAUUGAAUGUGGAUAGUUGUCAGUCAGUCAUCAGUGGCUGGAAUUGUAACUCUCUCUUGUAUUAGCAAAUAUUUGCAGCUUUAAUAAUACUAAAGCUCAGCUCAGUGCAGAUUUCUUGGUUCCUUCCGAGUCGUGAGUCUUGACACUUCCGUAUAUAGACUUGUUGCCCGAGAUGAAGUGAUAAGAUUUGCUAUUUAUGUUGGCGGAAUGGAUUAUGUGUUUGUAAAUGCUAAGAUCAAACAGUACAAAAGUGUCAACUUAUUCUGAUUGGAUUAUU